CAACCAACCAAAAAAAAAACCCAGCCUUUGCUUCCUUCCUUCCUCCGCUUCCCCUUCCGCUUCCAGAUCGACGGCGAAGAAUCCGCCAUCUUCCAUGGCGCUGCCACCGAGGCCAUGACCAUGGCGCCGCCCCGCGCCCGCGCGCUGCUCCUGCCGCUGGCGGCAGCCACCGUGCUCGUCGCCUCCACCAUCUUCCUCUUCGCCGCCGCCGCCUGGCGCGGCGGCCCCUCCGCCGAUUCCGGCCUCCCCGUCCCUUCCACCUCCGCCGGCUUUCUAUCCGUCCCUGUCAGCGCUAGGGUUCCGUCCGUCGGCAAGGGCCAUGAGCUCUCCUUCCUCGACGAGAACGGCCUCCCCGACGACCCCGGCUCCGGCUCCGUCUCCGUCUCCGUCUCGGCGCCCCCCAGAUGCGACCCCCGCGAUGCCGCCGUCAGGGUCUUCCUCUACGACUUGCCUCCCGAGUUCCACUUCGGGAUGCUCGGCUGGGCCCCCACCGGCGACGACGGCGGCGGAGCUGUCUGGCCUGAGGUGAGCGCCGCCCCGCGCUACCCCGGCGGGCUCAACCAGCAGCACAGCGUGGAGUACUGGCUCACGCUAGACCUCCUCGCUUCCUCAUCGGCAGCGGGCCUCCCCUGCGGCGCGGCGGCGAGGGUCGCCGACGCCCAGGACGCCGACGUGGUCUUCGUGCCCUUCUUCGCGUCCCUCAGCUACAACCGCCACUCGAAACCCGUCCCGCCGGAGAAGGUCAGCAGGGACAGGGCCCUGCAGGAGAAGCUCGUCCGGUACCUGGCGGCGCGGCCCGAGUGGAAGCGGUCCGGGGGCGCCGACCACGUCAUCGUCGCGCACCACCCCAACAGCCUGCUCCACGCCCGGUCGGCACUGUUCCCCGCCGUGUUCGUGCUGUCUGACUUCGGGAGGUACCACCCCAGGGUGGCCAGCUUGGAGAAGGAUCUCGUCGCGCCGUACCGGCAUAUGGCCAAGACGUUUGUGAAUGACACGGCCGGGUUUGAUGACCGGCCGACCUUGUUGUACUUCCGGGGAGCCAUUUACAGGAAGGAGGGAGGGAACAUUCGACAGGAGCUCUACAAUAUGCUCAAAGAUGAAAAGGAUGUUUUCUUUUCCUUUGGGAGCGUCCAGGAUCACGGGGUCAGCAAAGCCAGCCAGGGAAUGCACUCAUCAAAGUUUUGCCUAAACAUUGCUGGGGACACCCCCUCUUCUAAUCGUCUGUUUGACGCUAUAGUAAGCCACUGCGUGCCUGUUAUCAUCAGUGACGACAUUGAGCUCCCUUACGAGGAUGUCUUAGACUACUCCAAGUUCUCCAUCUUUGUUCGUUCGUCCGACGCCGUCAAAAGGGGGUACUUGAUGAAACUGAUCAGAGGCGUAACCAAGCAUCGAUGGACAAGGAUGUGGAAGAGGCUGAAAGAGGUGGACAAACACUUCGAGUACCAGUUCCCAUCUCGGAAGGACGAUGCGGUCCAGAUGAUCUGGCAAGCAUUGGCUAGGAAGGUGCCUUCGAUCCGGCUGAAGGCACAUAGGUUUAGGAGAGCAUCGAGAUUUGAAGGAGGAAGCAAAUAAACAGGAAGCAGGUGUGUAUGUAAUCAUAUCUCUAGGUUAAUCUAACACACAGUGUUACGCUGACAGUAUUGACUCAUCAGCUGCAUACGUCAUCCAGUUGAAGAACAAAAAUCAGGCAUACUAUAUGUUGGAACAAACGAAGUGUAAUCUAGAAUAUUCAGGUUGAGUGUUGGUUAUAGCAUGGAACAAAAGGAUGAUAACUCGAGAAUUUGUCGGUCCAGUUAAAUGUAUGCUUUGCUCUUGUAACAUUGUACUACUAUUUUGAAAUGAAUUUUAUAGAAGAGGGCAGCCACUUGUAAUGCUGUUUCUGAUCA